CUGUAAACAAGAGCAACGCUUUAAUCCUCCUCCUCUGAAAAAGGGGUCAAUGCUAGCUAUUUUGAGAAUGAAGUCCCUUGUAUUCCCAGCAGUUUCACCGCUCUCUCUUUACCUCUCAAAGAACGCUUUUUUCUGUUCAGCUUCAAAAUUUUCCAAGCUUUGCAAUCCAUGGGUUCUCCAAAACCCCAAGUUUCUCUAUUUAGACCCCAGAUUACCGUCACUGAUGGCCCCAAUCUAUUCAAUUUCAAACAGAAAUAUGCAAACAGAGGCGUCCCAGUUCACCUCACCACCGUCCGGCUAGAUUCAUGUGAUCGUAGGCCCCAAGUUUGCAAGGAAAACGACGACGCUGCUUUGUAGAAUCCAAGCCGAGAGCAAAAGUGGGAGGAUUGAGGUUCAAGUGGAGCUGAGAUUUUUGACUUAAUCAAAGUAACGACUUUCAGUUUUAAGGGAUGCAGAUGCACACGAUCUAUAUAUUUUUCCUUUUUAUGUAUCUUGCAGCAAGGCGGAGCUGCUUGGGAUUUCCAAAAGCUACACAUUUUCACCUUAGUUUUGCUUGGAGAUGUGUGGAAUACUGGAAUCUUUGGAUCCCAUCAGUACAUGAAUAUGGCAAAGAGAAAGGUAUAGUGCAUACUGCAUGAAAUACAAACUCAAGGCUAACAAUGUAACACAAAACCUCUUUUUCUUUCUUCCGAAAUAGUGGGACUCCUUCAUUUGUCUUCUUAUUUUUAUUAUGUGGCAGGCAAACUAUGAAGAUCUACGUCAAUUCUUCAGUGAUGUUGGUGGGGUCUCUUCAAUCAGUAUUUUGCAUGAAAAAAUCACUGGAAAAUCAAAGGUCUCUAUUGCCUUUCUUCUUCUUUUCUAUUUCUGUUUCAUUUGUCCUUUUUUUUAAAAAAAUACAUAUAUAUUUAUUGGUGGAGCCAACCGUUGUUUUCCUCUGCUUGCUACCUUUUAUGUUUCACUCAUGAACUUGGAAUGGAAAAAGGACUAUGAUUAUUUGUUGUAGAGCUACUUGAAAUUUGAACAGUCUUCUGGAGAUCCAGCUCAAGUUCAGAUUCUGUAUGAACGUGCUAUAACUGAAUUUCCUAUAUCAAGCAAUCUCUGGUUUGAUUAUACUCGCUAUCUAGAUAAAACUUUGAAGGUUCCCUCUCACUAUAAAUGCUUGAGUUUGUUUAGUUUACUCAAUACCAGCAUCCUCAUUUACUUCUAUUAUUUAUAUUCACUUUCAGUUUGGCAGUGUUGUGAGGGAUGUUUAUUCCAGGGCCACAAGGAACUGCCCCUGGAUUGGAGUACU